AUAAACAUUUUCUGCGUAUCAAUGAUGAAUUGCCUUCCACACUUUGUCAAAGGGCAAGUGAUCAAAGGUUUCGGCCGCGGUUCAAAGGAUUUGGGCUGCCCAACAGCGAAUUUGCCUGUUGAAGUUGUAAACAGUGUCCCGCAGGAAUUAAACACCGGAGUCUACUAUGGAUUCGCUCAAGUCGAGGGUGAUAUUGUUAGAAAGAUGGUCAUGAGCAUCGGAUGGAACCCUUUCUUUAAAAACAAACAAAAAUCGAUGGAAGUUCAUAUUAUACAUAAAUUUGAAGCUGAUUUUUAUGGCAAAGAAAUGAAAAUAGUCAUUCUUGGAUAUAUUCGACCUGAAAAGGAUUUUAGUUCGAUGGACGCGCUGAUAGCAGCCAUACAGGAUGAUAUUGAUCAAGCCAAACAAAAAUUAGACGAAGCUGAAAGUAUUAUAUUUAAGAACCACGAAUACUUUGACAGUUAACCAAUACAUUUUAAGUUGAAUUUUACAUUUCAUUCCUUUACCUGCCAGUGUUCAAAAAGGAUUUUUUGGAUUAAGUAACUUUUAUAGUAACUCACGUAUCAAAAUCUUAUCAUAGGCUCAUAAAUUUUAAUGAACGUCCUUUGCCAAAACUCGAGCGAUUGUUUAGAUAUGAUUGUAAAUAAUUAAACAAAACCAGGU